UCCCCCCCCCCCCCCCAAGUCAGCGUUGUGCGUUAGGCGUAUCGUUACAUCAUAUUUCUUUCCCCCAACGCCCACUACGUACACAUACGUAUACACAUCACCCAGCGCCAUAAAAAAUAAAAAUAAAAAUAAAAAUAAAAAAACAACUUCGUCAUCGUCGUCACAAUGGCCCCGACCGAAACCAAAUCGUCAGAUAAUUCUCUGUCAGAAACCAACGGCGACAAGAAGCCCGAAGUCAAGUCGGAGGGAGUCGCAGCCAGCAGUAACAACAACGAACCUGGUCGCCCUCUCGCGCCUCCUCCCAAGCCCGGCGAAGAUUACUUCUCGAGUAACUUAAGCCUCGAACCUAAUCCCUUUGAGCAAUCAUUCGGCACGGGUGGUACGGUUGAGACCCCAGGUGGUACCAAGUUGCCCAGCGUGGCGGCCUUAACAUCGCCGUCGUCUCUGUUGCCCGGGAACGGAAACACGCCGUUUAACUGGGGAGGCGGUUCCCUUAGGACGGGUCCGCUCAGUCCAGCGAUGCUGUCUGGCCCGGCAAAUGACUACUUUGGUGACACGUCGCAUACCUUGCGUGGCGGCUUUACUCCGAACGAGAGUUCUCUGAGGACGGGUCUGACACCGGGCGGAAGCGGUUCUAUGUUCCCUGCGCCGAGUCCCAGCUCCCAGGCUCUCUUUGCUCAAUUAGCAAGUGGUACCGCAACUCCUAGCACGCUCGACUUCCAUCGUACCGCUAUGAGCGCGGCUGCGGCGAAGGCGAACCGUGACAAGCACGCCCAACCCGCUGCUACUUCUCAACCCACAGAAACAAACGGGGCAACGGUGAAGAACGAGGCUAAGCCGGCAUCGGGCGCAUUUGAUCCCCACGAUAAUGAUGCUGCUAACGGCCUUUUCAUGUUAGCUCAAGGUGCGCAGGGCCGAACAGGUACACAAACACAAUAUCCAGUUGGCGGCAACCAACCAGUUCAUGCUCACCCGCCUCCACCGCAACCAGCUCGACCCGCUGUUGCUGCUCCCCCUAGUGCUUCUCCUCACAUGAACGGAAAUGGUACAUCAGAAUCCCCUCCGAUGAGAGGGGUUAGCGAGGCGGCUAGCGGUGUGUCGGAAGAGAACGAAACGAAACCAAAUGCUAGAGGAAAGGGUAAACGUGGUGCCGGAGCUGGCGCUACCAACGGACGACGUAAAGCUGAGGAUACACCUGCUAAGCAGCCUGCUAAUAAGAAAUCCAAGACAGCAUCGUCAGUAAAUAGUAAUGAUAAUUCUUCGGAUGAAGAGGACGAAGAGAAAGAUGCCAACGGCUCCCAUCCCAAGUCAAAAAUGACAGACGAGGAAAAGCGAAAGAAUUUCCUCGAACGUAAUAGGGUUGCCGCUUUAAAAUGUCGCCAACGUAAGAAGCAAUGGUUGGCCAAUCUACAAAAUAAGGUAGAAAUGUUUAGCACGGAGAAUGACGCCUUAACCGCGCAAAUUUCUCAGUUGAGGGAAGAAGUUGUGAAUCUCAAGACUUUGUUACUCGCUCAUAAGGAUUGUCCGGUUACACAGCAGCAAGGAUUGCACGGAGCAUUUAUGCAACAAGCCAUGGAGACUUACAACCCGCAGAUUAACCCCUAUGGAAUGGCAGCACCCAUCCCGAACCAACCUGUGAUGGCAGGACAAGGAGUACAGCGGCGCUUCUCAUAGGAUGACGAGGCCGCUUCUCAUGACCAAGUCUAUCCGGAGCUACCUGGAUGCUAACAUCGACAGCGAUGAUUAAAAGUGUACUGGCUGCGAAUGGUUAAGAGAGAAAAACAAAGGUCUAAAAACACAGCGGUUGAUUCAACAAAAAUUAUUGGUCAUCCAUCAAGCGGUUAGCUUAUCAU